GUUAUCCAUGUAUGAUCGAAUAAAGUAUGGUGUUAUCGUAGUUUUCGUGGCUGUCAGAGUCCCGGUACUAGUCGUGAACGGCGCUAAUAGUUAAUACUAAAUAGAAUAUUGAAUAUGGUUUGGUGUUGGACGUGUGGUAGAAACUAGACGUACACCGUAGUGCGUUAGUCGAACGAAAAUCGGUACCUACUUGGUUAGUUGGUUGUCGGUAACGAAUAUUUCAGUAUUAAUUGUAUGUAUUUCAAUGUUUGGAAUUAAAUCAACUCUUCUAGUCGAACUUACAACCCCCUAUUCUAAACUACUUAGCCACUCUAACUAAAUUAUAAUGGCUAUGCUUCCACCUCGGAAAACGAAGACAGUCUCAUCUGAAAAAAGUUGUAAAAAUUCAAUGACGCCCCUUCAAACCCUUUUACAAAUGGGGUUCCCCCAAAAUCGAACAGAAAAAGCACUAGCAGCCACUGGUAAUCGAGGAGUUCAAUUAGCUGCCGAUUGGCUCUUGGCUCAUGUCAACGAUACUUCUUUAGAUUCCAGCACUAGUAGAGAGUAUAUCAUGUAUGCCUGUCCAAGUGGUUCAUUUAUGUAUGAGCUAAGGGAAUUUUGGAAUAAAUCAGCUAAUAAAUGUGGACGUAAUGGAGCUCAUAAUUUUUUGCCACACAUAACUCUAGUAUCAUUUUUUCAGGUACCCGAUGAAUAUGCUAAUACAUUGGUAUCUAUACUAAAAAAUGUUUUAGAUGAGGUUAUUAAAGAAAUGACCGUCAAUGAUUUUCAUUUAGAAACCUACACUUCAUCAAAUUUUAUGGGUUUUUUUUUAUCUGACCAAGGAUCAAACUUCUUGAAAAAAAUUUCAGUACUAUAUGCAGAAAGAAUCACAGAUCUUGUCGGAGUUCAAGUAGAUCCCCAUUUAAAAUCUUUACAUUUAACUUUGGCCUAUCAAUUUGAUGUAAGCCAAAAAGAAACUUUAAAAUCAUUAAUUAAAUCUACAAUAAAUCCAUCAACUCCGUGUUUGUGGGAACUUAAGUUGUAUUCUAGAGAACCAAUAGCUGCUAACAAACAGGUAUAUAAAGUUGUGUAUGCUCACGUCCCCCAAGCUGCUGAUGAACUAGAAUUAAGAAUAGGUGAUUAUAUAUAUGUGUCAAAAGAAAGCAUAGAUAACUCUGUUGACGGUUGGGCUGAAGGAAUGUCAUGGUUAACUGGAUGUAAUGGCUACUUUCCGCUAUGCUAUACUGAACGUACUGCGGAAUCUGAUACAUGGACUCUACAUUGUUCAUUACCCUUAGAUGGUAGUUAUCAUGAAUCUAUUGAAGUUAAUGAUACAAAUAUGACUGAAGAAAAACUAGUUGAAAAAUAUGGUGUUAGUUUUGUUCCAGCUGAUUACACACCGCAUUCAGAAUCACCAAAAGGUCCAAAAUCUCAAAAAAUAUAUAUAUGUCGUCACGGAGAAAGAGUAGAUUUCACUUUUGGUACAUGGGUACCUUACAGUUUUGAUUCUGAUGGGAAAUAUGUCAGAAAAGAUUUAAACAUGCCUCCGAAUAUACCUCAACGACGUGAUUUUCCAAACUCUUACCAAACUGAUACUCCUCUUACAUGUGUUGGUGAAUAUCAAGCCAAAUUAACUGGAUGGGGUAUGAAAGCUGCUCACUCUACCAAAUCAAUUCAACAUGUCUUUUGUUCACCUUCAUUACGCUGUAUUCAAACUUGCCAUAAUAUUUUAGUUGGCCUUGAUAUUGAUAAACAAGUACCAAUUUGUAUUGAACCCGGUAUAUUUGAGUGGCUUGGUUGGUAUAAUCAGUCUGGGCUGCCUGAUUGGAUGAGUAUCGAAGAGUUAAUAACUGCUGGUUUUAAUAUUAAUUCCAAAUAUGAAGCUUUAGUAUCACUACCAUUUCUUGUUGAAAAUAUGUCAGAAACAGUUGAACAGUACUAUAUUAGAUGUGAUGAAGUAAUACAGAAUUUAAUCAAAUCAACUGAACCCAAAGGUGGUGAUAUAUUACUGGUAGGUCAUGCUUGUUCAUUGGAUUCUUUAUCAAGAUCAUUACUUCAUAAAUCUCCACGUACUAAACAAAAUUUUGUAAAAAUGGUUAAAGACAUUCCUUAUUGUGGCUUAGUAACUUUAAUGACUGAUGGAAUCAAUGAUUGGACAUUUGUCGAUCCACCAGUUCCACCAUUAACUAACUCGAUUAAUAAAAGAUUUAAUUGGAAGGUUUUAACCACAGACAUUGAUGUCUCCCCAAAUUAAUAACAUGUUAAAUCCAAUACUAAUAUGACUAAAAUGACCUUAAAUAAAAUAAAAUAAAUUGAUUUUAAAAUCUGCACAUAUUAAAACACAAAUAUGUUUAUUUUUAAUUACAUAGGUAGUUAAUAAGGCUGGAUAUUAAGAAAUUAGUAAUUCUUAACUAAGUUACAUAACGAGUUACUUUUUUUUUCAUUAAAAAUAACUUCUAACAUAACAAGUUAAAAUUGUUUUCAAUCAGUUUGAAAAUCAGUUAAUUCAAUUUUAGUCAGUGUUAAAUGUAUUAUUUUUGGAUCUGAAUAGUGAUCAAAAUAAAAUAAAAUGGUUAAAUAUAACUUUCUUACUUUCUGUUUGCAUAUAUUAUAAAUCAGUAAAUAUUUUUAUUUUUUACAGAAUAUUUAUAAAGUAUGCCAUACCAUAAUAAUUAAAUUUUAUAAAAUGAGUUGCCUUUUUUUUCUAUUUAUUAACUUUUUACAUAUUAAAAAAAGUAACUCAACUUUAGGAAAUAAAAUAUUAGGUUACUUAUCCAGCCUUUGUUGUUAAUAUUAUGAUUGUUUGAAAGAAUGUACUUGGUAUCAAAAAUUUGAUAAUAGGUAUUCCUUCAUUUUCUAUAAUAAUAAUUAUCUAUGUAAUAUAGGUUACAGGGUAGACAAAAAUGUAUGAUUUUUAGGCGAUUAGUACUCAUUUGUUUCUGUUUAAAAAAUACAUUUUAUGAAUAUAUGAUUACAACAAAAAUAUAGAAUUAAGUAUUUACAUUUUUAAUAUUCAUUUUCAAUGUUAAAAAAUAUCUUUAAAACAGAUUUAAAAAUAUUUGUUUAACUUUUGAUUUUCAAGACUUACCUAUUUGUUAUUAUUGGUUUUUCUUAAUAAUCAAUUUCACACUAUUUUUUAGUUAACUCUUUCUCAAUGUUAAAAAUGAAAUUUAAAACUGGUUGUCUAGUAACUUAUAUUUGUAUUAUACUUUGUUAUUAUUAUAUAUUGCAUUUUUAUUUUAUCAAACUACACUUAUUAUUUUAAAAUCUAUUAAUAUUUUUUAUUGUUAUAAUUUUUUAAGAUUUACUUUAAUUUAAUUACAACAUACUUUUUAAAGUCAUAUUUUUCUGAGUGUUUUAAUACAUAAAAAUCUAAAUUUGGAAAAGUAGCUUAUGAGUUAUUGUUAUAUCUAUUUAAAGUUUUGAUUUUUGUAACAGUGUGGUAUGGAGAUAUCUCUUAAAAUGAUAGUCAAUUACUCCGCUCAACUAAACUUAAAAUACUUAUAAAUCAUAAACUACUCUUUCAAAUUUAGAUUUUUAUAUAUAACAAUUUUAUAUUCAUCUACCGGAAACCUAUUUUUAAAUGCAAAAUUUUGAUAAUUUUUUCAAUAUAAAAUAUGUAUGUGUUAAACUCUUAGGUCAUAAAAUGUCUCAAAACCAAAUUAAUAAUUUGAAUAAUAAUAUGUAAUUAUUUUUAUAACAAUUUUAUAUUACAAUGUAUUACAAUUAGGGUAAUUUGCAAUUAUAAAUUAAUUUAAUUAUUACAAGAAUUUUCUAUGUACUUGACUACUAAAAUAUGUACUUAAUGUUCCUAGGUCAAAGUGAUAAUAUAUUUUAUUUUUCUCUUGACCUUGUAUUUAUUUUAUUAUUAUUAUUAUUAUAUAUAUUUUUACAUAGUAUUUUAUGUCUUAGUCUUAAUAUUUUAUGAAUGUUAGUAUUUUGUUCUUCAACACAUGCACCCAACUUUAAUACUGUUAUAUUCAGUAGGUUAUGAAGUAUCCUCACUAAAUUGGGACCAAGAAGGGAGCAAAUUAGUGCGGAUAAUCUAAUAAAAAUUAAAAAUGUAUUAUGAAUAUUAAAAUUAAAUGUUUUAUUUAUACAAACAUAAUAAAGUUUAUUUAUUCUCUGUACAUAUUACAUAAUAUAUGAAAAUCAAUCAAAUAUAAUGUAUGCUGUUAUAGUGUAUCGUAAUUAGUAAUAAAUAAUAAAAAGAAAAACUGGGAAAUUAA